AUGCUCCGUCGCCCACCAACAACGCUUACCCUCACCGCCGAAGAUGUCGCCGCGCUCGAAGACCGCCGCUUCGAAGCCAUGCAAGCCCAAUUGCAAAACCAGACAAGCUCGCGUGCUACAUCUCACCCAUUACAACCACAACCUACCGCUAUGGACACCUCUUCCUCAUCCGUAACCCCGUCGCCACCGCGGAUCGAAGACGACGAAGACAUGCAAGACGUGGACGUGGACGUGGACGCGGACGCGGACGCAGACGAAGCCGAUACAAGCGACCCCUUCGUAAUGGCGCCCCGCCGCGCCGCCCGCGAACAAUUCAACAGGCGCGAGCAAUCACCCGGCCAGGCACGCGCCGCCCCCCUCGACACGAAUGCAGCGGAUCACAGGCACGAGCGGGAGUACAGGGCAGACAGGAAGGACGGCCGGGCCAGCUCGGUCAGCGACCAGCAGACAGGGAAGCACGGAGCCGACCACCGCGGCCCCAUCACAAGCAUCGCGUAUGAUGACGCGGAGUAG